AAAUUCCUCUUCCUCUGGAUCCUUAAGGCCCCCAAAUAAGGGGCUACAGAGUGGCCUCCCUCCAGGGGGCAGGCUGGGCCCUUUAGCACUGGGGAGAGGCCCUGGCUCUAUCUCCGUCUCGUUGUGCUAACUUCCUCCCACCUCUGAGUGAGGAGUGGGGCAGAGUACCAGCCUGCCGUGGAAGGAGCUCAGAGGGUGGAGGGGCAGGGCCCCGUCUCAGUCCCCUGUUUCCAUUGCGUAUCCUGAAGUCAGGGGCUUGGUACUUCUUUUGAGCUGGAGAACCCUGCUUUUUGUGCCAGUGUGUCCUCCUCCAUCCCUGCGGAAGCAGAUGGUGCUGCUCUAAGGGCUGCUGAAAGCUAUCAUUUAGGGCUGGAGAGGGGCAGAGCUGAGGAGGCUUUAGAUGUCCAGGUGGGGAAACUAAGGCUUCGUAAGGAGUGAAGUCCCUGCUGUCCCACCCGGGCUUCUGCCUCUGCCCCUCCAGUGGCAUAUCUGGGGCUGGCCACGGUGGGUUACCAGGGCCUGGUACUGUCCCUGAAGUGAAGGUCAACCUCAUGCUGGGCCCUCUGCUGAGAGACCAAAUCCCAAGGCUGAACAAGCCUGUCUACUCAAACAUGUCUGGGGUCUGUCAGCCUGGGUCGGUUCCCUGGGCUGGGUGGCAGUGGUGAGGGUUCUAAGGGGUUGAGGACCACUCCCAAGCUGUCAGAAGUUGGGGUGGGCUGGAGGGUGGAGGGCUCCGCUCUCGUGUCACCCACAUGGGCUCCUUGGUGCCCUGGCCCCAGACCCACCUGUUCCCACUGUCCGAGGUGUGUUGGGGGCUGCAGAUGCCGUGUCCUGCAGGAGGAGGGCCCUCCCCAUGCCACCUCUCUUCCUCUGCCCAGCCUCGCAGGGACAGUGCCUGGGAUGCCCUGGCAGGAGAGGGGCCAGGGGCCUGCUUCGGCCCAAGAGCUGGGCACAAAGACAUCUGCUCUUGCCACUGUAGCAAGGCCAGCUCGGGGCUCCUGAUUGUCUGAGGGAGCUGCUGGCGGUGGCCACCCACAGAACGUGCUGGCCAAAGCCCUCUACGACAAUGUGGCCGAGUCCCCAGAUGAGCUCUCCUUCCGCAAGGGCGACAUCAUGACGGUGCUGGAGCGGGACACGCAGGGCCUAGAUGGCUGGUGGCUCUGCUCGCUGCACGGGCGCCAAGGCAUCGUGCCCGGGAACCGCCUCAAGAUCCUGGUGGGCAUGCAUGACAAGAAGCCCGUGGGGCCCGGCCCCGGCCCGCCCGCCAGCUCGGCCCUGCCUCAGCCCAGCCUCCACCCCCCGGCAGCCCAGUACACACCCAUGCUGCCUGCCACGUACCAGCCCCAGCCGGACAGUGUCUACCUGGUGCCCACCCCCAGCAAGACUCAGCAAGGCCUCUACCAAGCCCCUGGGCCCAGCCCCCAGUUCCAGUCUCCCCCGGCCAAGCAGACAGCCACAUUCUCCAAGCAGAUGCCCCAUCACCCGUUUCCCAGCCCAGCCCCAGACCUUUACCAGGUGCCCCCGGGGCCUGGCAGCCCUGCCCAGGACAUCUACCAGGUGCCGCCUUCCGCUGGGAUAGGACACGACAUCUACCAGGUCCCCCCAUCCAUGGAUGCACGGAGCUGGGAGGGGACGAAGCCACCAGCCAAGGUGGCGGUGUCCACCCGCGUGGGGCAAGGCUAUGUGUUCGAGGCCCCCCAGCCCGAGCAGGACGAGUACGACAUCCCACGCCACCUGCUGGCCCCGGGGCCCCAGGACAUCUACGACGUGCCCCCUGUUCGGGGGCUGCUUCCCAGCCAGUACGGCCAGGAGGUAUAUGACACGCCCCCCAUGGCUGUCAAGGGUCCCAAUGGCCGGGACCCAUCGCUGGACGUGUAUGAUGUGCCCCCCAGUGUGGAGAAGGGCCUGCCGCCGUCCAGCCAUCAUGCGGUGUACGAUGUUCCUCCAUCGGUGAGCAAAGAUGUGCCCGACGGCCCACUGCUGCGUGAGGAGACCUAUGACGUGCCCCCCGCCUUCGCCAAGGCCAAGCCCUUUGACCCGACCCGCCACCCGCUGGUGCUCGCCGCACCCCCUCCGGACUCGCCACCAGCUGAGGACGUGUAUGACGUGCCGCCCCCGGCUCCUGACCUCUACGACGUGCCCCCCGGUUUGCGGCGGCCUGGCCCGGGCACCCUCUACGACGUGCCCCGAGAGCGGGUCCUUCCUCCCGAGGCAGCCAACGGCAGCGUGGCCGACGACGGUGUGUACGCGGUGCCCCCCCCUGCCGAGCGAGAGGCCCCGGCCGACACCAAGCGCCUGUCAGCCUCCAGCACGGGCAGCACACGCAGCAGCCAGUCGGCCUCGUCCCUGGAGGCAGCGGUGCCGGGCCGUGAGCCCCUGGAGCUGGAGGUGGCCGUGGAGGCCCUGGCACGGCUACAGCAGGGCGUGAGCGCCACCGUGGCCCACCUCUUGGACCUGGCAGGCAGUGCGGGUGGGUGUGGGGGCUGGCGCAGCACCUCUGAGCCUCAGGAGCCUCCGGCGCAGGACCUGCGGGCUGCCGUGGCCGCCGUCCACGGGGCCGUCCACGAGCUGCUGGAGUUUGCCCGCAGCGCCGUGGGCAAUGCCGCCCACACUUCCGACCGCACGCUGCAUGCCAAGCUUAGCCGGCAACUGCAGAAGAUGGAGGACGUGUAUCAGACGCUGGUGGCCCACGGUCAGGCCCUUGACAGUAGCCGGGGAGGCCUGGGGGCCACUCCCGAAGACCUGGACCGCCUGGUGGCCUGCUCGCGGGCUGUGCCCGAGGAUGUCAAGCAGCUGGCCUCCUUCUUGCAUGGCAACGCCUCGCUGCUCUUCAGACGGACCAAGGCCUCUGUCCCAGGGCCUGAGGGGGGUGGCCCCCUGCACCUCAACCCCACCGACAAGGCCAGCAGCAUCCAGUCCCGGCCCCUGCCCUCACCCCCCAAGUUCACCUCCCAGGACUCGCCUGAUGGGCAGUACGAGAACAGUGAGGGAGGCUGGAUGGAGGAUUACGACUACGUCCACCUGCAGGGGAAGGAAGAGUUUGAGAAGACCCAGAAGGAGUUGCUGGAAAAGGGCAACAUAAUGCGGCAGGGGAAGGGCCAGCUGGAACUGCAGCAGCUGAAGCAGUUUGAACGGCUGGAGCAGGAGGUGUCACGGCCCAUAGACCAUGACCUGGCCAACUGGAUGCCAGCCCAGCCCCUGGCCCCGGGCCGGACGGGCGGCCUGGGGCCCUCGGACCGGCAGCUGCUGCUCUUCUACCUGGAGCAGUGCGAGGCGAACCUGACCACGCUCACCAACGCCGUGGAUGCCUUCUUCACCGCCGUGGCCACCAACCAGCCCCCCAAAAUCUUCGUGGCACACAGCAAGUUUGUCAUCCUCAGCGCCCACAAGCUGGUAUUCAUCGGGGACACACUGUCACGGCAGGCUAAGGCGGCCGACGUCCGCAGCCAGGUGACCCACUACAGCAACCUGCUGUGUGACCUCCUGCGCGGCAUCGUGGCCACCACCAAGGCCGCUGCCCUCCAGUACCCGUCGCCUGCCGCCGCCCAGGACAUGGUGGACAGGGUCAAGGAGCUGGGCCACAGCACCCAGCAGUUCCGCCGGGUCCUGGGCCAGCUGGCAGCUGCCUGAGAGCCGUCAGCCAGAGGGACGGAGGGCAAGGGGAGGAGGGUGGCGAUGGGCCCCAAAGAGCCACUGUGCCGCGGGUGUGGGGACAGGCGACCCCAGCUCCACCCGGGCCUGGUGCCCCAGACUGUACAGGGAGUUGUGUAUAUUUAUGGCGGGGCAGGAUGUGGGACGGUGCCUCCUCAAAGGAGCCCGAGCAGAGCUGGGCCCCGGACCCAGGCCAGGAGUGGCUGGCCGUCCCUCCUGAGCGUGCUGAGGGCCCGGGGGGGGCCCAACAUUCGGGGCUGGGCUGGGGGCUCGCAGACCGCUUGACCCACAUGGCCUCAGGUGACCCCUCGGGCUGACCAUGAGGGUGCCGUGUCCCCCUGGCAGGGCAAGCGUGGCUGUGGUGUAUUCUCUCUGCACCAGGAGAAAACCCUAAAAAACUAUUUUUCAUUAUUGAUUUUCCAAUCAUUUGACUAAUAGUCUACAUUUAAAUAAAAUUAAAAAAUGAAAAGCA